GUGCUUUUUUGGCAUGCUCAGACAUUGGGUCGGUCGAGCUGCACGGUAGAUCUCAAGGCUCAACGGGAGAAAUUUAUUUCCGACCCUGCAAACGUCCAAGGGAGCGGGAACAGCUCGCGGGGCAAUCAAAAUGGAGGGACGGCAGAGCAGAGCUGCAAGUGCAAGGGUAGCGGAGCUAGGUCGAAGCGAUAGGAAGACUAUCCCACUCCGCGAUGCUUUGGCGGCAGGAGAACGACGUGGCGAAAGCUCAGCCUCUGCUUUUGCUUCAUCGAAGCGGAAUCCGUUUUCGAAAUCGCUGGCAACGCAGCCAGUUCUCUCCUCACCGCCGACAUACGCAUCGUCUCGCUUUGCUGCCUUGACACCGAACCAAGGCCGCGUCGACAAAGGCAAGCACCGCGCUCUUCCGCUCGGUGACGAUACCGGCGACGGCAUUGAAGUCGACAUAGAUGCAGGUGAAUCACCAUCGUCUUCCUGGCCUGCACUGUCGGAUCGAAUCGUGCCACGCCAGUCGGGCACAGGACCCGACGAUGCGGGAACAGCAGACUUUACACUCUCCGUCACCCAGGCGACUAUGUGCCAGUAUGUCAACAUCACCUUUGAUCCUUCGCGCGGCACCGGCCCGUUCAACGUCGUGGUGGCCUUCUCCAACUUCUUUCCUUAUCAAUUUCAAAUUCCUGAUGACUACGCGCCAAAGCACCAGGGCUUGUGGAACUAUCGCUUCCUAGUGCCAGAUUUCGGGAACUCCUCGACAAACGUUAUCGUCGCGCUAACCGACAAGGAAAACCUCAUGUCCAACUCCUCUUCCGCACAAACCGUGCAACCGCGCACCUCGGCCCGCGGGGAAUGUCCGGAUCCGCGAAUGCCCGCCGAUUUCAUCUUUUUCCCAACUGGUACUCCGCAGCAAUGCAAGGAUUACCUCGUCACAUGGGAAGGCGCCUGGGUACCACCGAUGACGAUGUUCAUCCUCCCCGAGAAUCAGCCACCGAUCAGCAUCCCUCUACCUGAUAAUCCCCUAUUCAAGCAGCAGGGCUCUGGCUCGACGAAUGUGACGCUGCCGCUCCGGGCCGGCACGUCGUUCUUCUUCACCAUGACCGAUACCGGCAAGCACGUCACUGGCGGCGUUUCACAGCGCAACGUCGUCGGGCUCGAUGAGAACUUAGUCAGCAACACGUGUCUCGGCAACGCGUACAACACGAACAACGGUUCAUCCGGAGUCGAUGACAAGGUCCCGCGGCCGACGACGACGGUGCCCAUCGCAGGCGCAACCGGGCUCCCGUACAGCUACGUCACAGCAUCGACCGCGACGCUAACCAGGGCGACCAAAGGAGAUGUGACGCUCGUGACGUUCAUCGCUACGCAGACCGUCGUGCAGGGCACGCCACUACCUGGCUGGGGCAGCUCGAAGCUUCCAAGCGACUCUGCGAACGGCAGCAGCGGAGGCCGCCGGCUGUCGAAGCACCUGCUCGGCAUCAUUAUCUCCCUCGUCAUCGUCGCAGUUGUAGCAGCUGCAGCAGCGCAGAUCGUAUGGUCCCUCUGCCGCAAGCGCACAGCGAGGCGCAGGCGCCAAGCGGUGACGAAGUGGGAUGUGCCGAGCAGCAAACCGGCCGAUCCUACCGCACCCAUCCAUCGCGGUAUCUUCACCGGCACGUGUGAGUACCGCGGUAGCUUUGCCACGCUGCAUAGCACACAUGCGAGCAGUUUGGCGGAUGGAAAUGGUGCGGUAAACGGAAAUAGAAACGUAACGGGAAAUGUGAGCAUCGAUCUUGGGGCCAGCGCUACCGCCGCCGGCCUCGCCUCCUCGCGCGGUGAAGUGAUUGCAUAUGGGCCCUUGGACAGACACGGGCCGCAACAGCGCAGUCGAGACGACAGUGAAGAAACAGAGCUGCAGGACUUGUCUUCGCCGUCCUCAACUCCGUUGGCCCGUGGUGCCAGCAGACACGCAGCACGCGGCGCGGCAGCACCGCCUCUCUUGCUCGCUGGCAACGAUGGCACAGAUUCGUGGCUGCACUUCUUCAAUGCGAGCACAGGCAGUGGAACUGGUACUGGUGCGAGGGCAUCGGUUGGGGGCGGCAGUGCGUCACAGCAGCGAAGUUCGGCGUACGCCGCUUCAGAUUGCGGAGCGUUCACCUCUCAAGACAAUGCACCUACCGGGUCGACGUCUCCACGCCAAACAGGCAAGCCUGGCGAACGCGCGGGGCCAGGUACGACGUACCGGUUUCCGUACGCGUACGCGCCAACUGGUAUGGGUUCGCCAAUAUGGCCGAGCUCCCCCUCAGCCGGCGCUGUUGGCAUGUACCCCAGCAACUCGACCACGGGCCUGUCGGCAACAACUCGCUCCCCACUGCUCCAGAAUCAUGCUCAGAGCAUGGGUCCCUCACGCUCAACGAGCAGCUCGGGGGGCGGCGGCGGAAGCAGCGGUAAUGGUACGCGCUUUGUGCAACACACUGAUGCUGGACUGUUGAUGGAUGACAACAUCGACGCGGAGGAUGCGAUCGUCGACUUGCCACCGCAGUACGAUACCAUCUCCAACAUGCCUGCCGCGCGGGGGGAUCUACGGGCGCAGAAUCAAGCCCUACUCGUGCAGAUGCCUUCCGGCCAACCGGGCGGUGGCGCCUCGUCGCCCUCAGGACCAGUCACCAGCAGUGACAUGGCAGCAGACCGAUCGGCCGCAGCAUAUUCCUCGGGACUCGUCAAUCCUGAUCUGCUCGCCGCCCUCGAAUCGAGCGGUACGAUAGGGAGCGACUUAAGUAGCUUUGCGCGUGGACGACCACUGCUGGAACAACUUGCUGGUCCUGAGGAAGACGAAAACGAAUUCUGGACAUCAGCACCGGCACGAUGACCUGGACCAAAAUGUUUUCAACCUACAUUGCAAGGAAUCUCACACAUGACCUCCUGUCAUUACUAGCCCAAUUUCCACACUUUAUCUUAUCCGUUCACUUGCAUUGCUCGCUGUAUAAUUUGCUUUCAGACUCACUACUGCACAAGAGCCAUCAUCGGCCCUGUAAAGAUACA